AUGGCAAUUGGCGGGGGCGAUAAAGGAAAAGUAGCCAGCAUUUCAGUUGGGUGGAUGGUGAAUCCAUCACUAUAUCAAAAUGAUCACGUUCACUUAUACGCCUCCUGGAUUGCACCUUGGAAAAAGACCGGUUGCUACGACAUAACAUGUCCUGGAUUUGUGCAAGUUAGCAAGAAUGUACCACUUGGUGCUCUGCUUCAACCAUCGCGGAAGCAGCUCACAAACAUCGAGCAAUACCAUCUGAAUACGAAAAGAAAGAAUUUGAGAGAACUCAAAGCUAUCAACAAACCUGCAAUCAAGAGUUUCAGGACGAAACAAGGUGCUCUAUUUGAUUGUAUCGAUAUUCACAAGCAACUAGCCUUUGAUCACCAUCUACUAAAAAACCACUCUGUUCAGUUUGCAGUGGUUGAUUAUGGACCUAACAGUUUUUCUGAAGUAAAAGGAGUUUUUAACCUUUGGGAUCCACAAGUCUCACAAGAUCAACUUAGUCUUGCAUACAUGGCGGUUGGCGGGGGAGCUGGAAGAAAGUUUGCCAGCAUUUCAGUUAGUUGGAUGGUUAAUCCGUCGCUGUACCAAGAUAAUAACGCUCAAGUGUAUCAUCUUGCUUUUGCUAAUAUUUUUCAGUUUCUUAGAGAGUCAGUGCUAUAUGUAUUGUCUUAUUGGGCUAAGAGGCACAGAGGACAGACCGGUUGCUACGACAUAAGAUGUCCUGGAUUUGUGCAAGUCAGCAAGAUGAUACCACUUGGUGCCCUUCUUCAACCAGUUUCAGUUUAUAAUGGUAAACAGUGUGAAUUGCAGUUAAGCUUGUAUCAGGAUCGCGCCAAAGGAGAUUGGUGGUUUACAUAUGGGAAUGAGAAUAUCGGAUACUGGCCAGCAUCAUUGCUCGUGGCCUCGAACUUAGCUAACCGAGAAAAUUAUGGAUCUUGGAGAGGUCAAGCGUAUAGUCCAGAGACAGAGAAGACUCCAGCUAUGGGAAGUGGGCAUUGGCCUAGGGAGAGGUUAAAUAAGGCAGCCUAUGUUAACAGUAUCAAAAUCAUCAAUGGUAAAGGAAAAGUUUUAGAUCCAGAAAGCGACAUUAUGAAGACACGCUCGACCAAUCCAAAAUAUUAUAUGUUCAUGAGGAACAAGAGCCGUGGUUAA